GGAUUAUAGUUCCAGUGAGAGUACUCGAAAUCGUAAUUCAAGGAAGGGACCGGAUAAGAAGCCAGAUAUUAAAGGAUAUCUUCGUAUAAUGAACCAUCUCUUAGAAAUAUUUUUUGCGGAAGUAUCUUCUGGUCCUUUCGAACCCACAAGUGCUUCCCUAAAACAUGAAAAAGAUGACUACACAAAACUAAUUUUACUUUCCAAAGAUGCAUACAAUUAUAUACGAGAAAAGUAUUCCAAGAGUGUGGCAUGUAUCUAUGAGUUAGAUUUGUACGCGCAUCCACUUUGCCGAUGGCGUCUUUUCGACAAAAUUAAAAUUUCGAUAAAUGAUAGUUCCGAUUCUUUAUUUAAGGCAGUAACCGGGUUUUUGAAAUUUCGUCAAAAAUUUAAAGAAAAUCUCGAGUCAAUAAAGGACAUUUGCCUUAAAUAUUUAUCCAAUGAACACAAUCAGAACUUAGAUGGAGAAGUAACGAAUGAACAAGAGUUUUCAGAUGAAGAAUCGGAGGAAAUAUCUGAGAAAGAAGAAUUCUCAGAUGAAGAUAUAAAAGUUUCAUCUGAAGAUUCGACUGAAAGUUCUGAAGAGGAACUCAAAAAAUGUAAAAAUGGAGCAUUAGUUCCCACAAUAAAUAAUAAUUAA